GAAACAAAAACUGAAAUAGACAACAUAACUAAAAAAAAUAAAAAAAAUCUGAAAUCGUAUUUUUUAAUAAUAUUAUUGGCAGCCCACUAGGGCGGUAGGGUGUGUGACCUUGAUGAAGAAGAAGAUGAAAAACUAAGCAUGAUCAUGAUCAUGAUCCGCCAAUAAUAGAAAGAGUGAGAAUGUGCGAAGCAGGUGUUGGUGAUGCUACUUUAUGCCGAUUCUUCACCCCAUUCAAAAUUAUCUUCCACUCACUCAAAAUCUUAGCCUCCAACAAACUCCUUUUCACAACAAUCAUGUCUCUCACAACCCUCCCUCUUUCCACUCUCCAAAUCUACCAACCCAUCUUCACCCAACCACUCACCUCCCAAAUCCGCCACCUCGAAGCCCUAGCACACUUAGCUUCAACCCAUUUCGAAGCUCGUCACGUUUGGCACGAAUCUCGAGACAACGCUAUUUCCCUCAUUCGCAUUAAAGCACUUUUNNNUUUCCCUUCUUACAUCCUCUCCCUAAUCACCACCCUCUCCGCCGUCCACUCCUCCCUCCUCGCCUCCCACGGCAUCGCCCCCACACUCCACUCCGCCGCCGCGUCUUUUAAACCUAACUGGAUGCGCCUCUUCGUAACCUCCAUCUUCGUCUACGCUAUUCUCUUCGCUUUUUCCUCUUUGCCCCUCUUCCUCAACGCACUCACCGGCUCGCGGAUCCUCGUUCUCGUAUUCGUUUCGGGUCUCGAGGUUUACUUGAUGGCGGUGUUGAGCAUAAGCUUGGUGGUUUCCGUCGCUGAAGAGAGAUUCGGGUGGGAGGCUAUUCAAGUUGGAUCCGGGUUGAUGGAGGGAAACCGGGUUUGCGGGUGGGUACUUUCGGGUUUAUUCGUGUGGAUUUCGAGUUUGAUUAGGUCUAGGAUAGAGAAAUUGAUGGACGGUCAAGAUUCGUUGAUAGGUUUUGAAGAUAAAGUGGUUGUGAUAGUUUGUUAUGGAUUUGUGGUGAUGUGGAGUUGUGUGAUAAUGACUGUUUUCUAUUGCGAGUGUAGAAAAAGGCAUCCAAUUAAGGAAACGCACCAAUUAGAUGAUGAUGAUGAUGAUCGAGAAAAUCAACUUUCUGAAUUGUAGCAAUGUACUGUAUUUUUUGUUUUGCUAUGUUUAUCUUUAUUUUUUGUUGUUCAAGUUGUAGAUUUAAUUUGAAGUUGAUUCUCAGCAGCUUCCUGGUUGUUGUUUUUUUGUCACACUAAUUACUGUAACAAAAAAGGAAGUGAGAAUUUGGGAUAGACAGCCCAUUAACCUUAAUCUUUGUAAAUUGUUGUCGAGCCUAGAGACGCUUGCUUGCUUGUUAAGGCAGAUAAUGUUUGUAACAAAGUUGUCA